AUGUAUAGAGGUCUCGCUGCAAGUAGUCGUACUAACAAUGCCUACACUAAUAUCAUGACACUAGAGACAGCAACGGGGAGAGCAUUAAGGAGGAUCAAGGCCCGCAGAAGGAGAGAUGCACGCUAUACAGGGAGCCGCAGGAUUAGAUACCCACCCGGCUAUAGUUGCGAUGAGCUCCAGGAGAGCCUCAACAGUAGCCAACUAAAACGCGGCGGUCAAUUCAGGAUAAAAAUAAAAGGACUAGACUAUUUAAAGUUCUCUCGAAGUAUUAAGAGCCCUAUUCUAAAAAGCGAUAGUAAUCUCACCGUACUCUCAUCUAAGAUAUUUAGGAAUUAUUCAGAUAGAAAUAACGCUCUACUCAUUCCAGUUACUACUAACGAUAGUAUCUCGGGGCAGUAUAAAAUUGACUAUACCCUGGCAAAAGGGAGUUUGAUCUCUGGCGCAGUGAUCGAUAGUGAAGGAGAAAAACUCACGACUAUUAGCUCCCUCACUGCCAGCAGCUCAGGUUCCACAUCAUUUAAACUGGAUGAGGAAGACCUAGGCGACAUGACUUUGCUGGGCUGGAUUAAUAAUACUGGCGAUAUACAGCUAAAUUACACAGUCUCAUUACCGCAGUCACAGCCAUCGUCUUCUCCGGGUAGAACCUCGCGGCCAACGGCAAGUGCACCGGCCGCUAGCGGAGCUGUCCGCCCGUCGGUUAUUAGUUAG